GAGCGCGUUGCGUCACGCCGCAGAGGGUGGGGCUGAGGACACGGUUUCCUAGGCGACCGCAGGCCCUAGCCCGGAAGAAGGCGUGGCUAAGGGCCAUUCUGCUUUCCGGAGCGCGUUGCGUCACGCCGCAGGGACGGGGUGGGUGUUUCGGUGUCCUGAGCGACAACCUGGCGCUGCCCCUCGGUGGACAGGCUGCUCUGGAGCCAUGGGCACUCCGCCGGGCCUGCAGACCGACUACGAGACUCUGCUGAGCCGCUUCCAGGAGCUGGACGGCGUGCGCUUCGCGGGCUUCGCGGAGCUCUGGAGGAACAUGAAGUUCGGGACCAUCUUCUCUGGCAAAAUGAGAAAUUUAGAGAAGAACACAUUUACAAAGGAAGCUUUGGCAUUGGCUUGGCGAUUCUUUUUACCUCCACACACUUUCCAGAUCCGGGUUGGUGGCUUAUAUCUGCUCUACGGACUCUAUAACACCCAACUGUGCCAGCCAAAACAAAAGAUCAGAGUUGCCCUGAAGGAUUGGGAUGAAGUUUUAAAGUUUCAGCAAGAUUUGAUAAAUGCACAACAUCUUGAUGCUGCCUACAUUUUUCAGAAACUACGACUAGAGAAAGCAUUUCACUUUACGGCAAUGCCCAAAUUGCUGUCAUACAGAAUGAAAAAAAAAAUUCAGCGAACGGAAGUUACAGAAGAAUUUAAGGAUACAGCUGACCGUGUAAUGAAACUUAUCACUUCUGAUGUGCUAGAGGAAAUGCUGAAUGUUCACGAUCAUUAUCAAAAGAUGAAGCAGAAAAUUUCAGCUGAUAAGUCCAAGCCCGACAAAGCCCUGAGCUUGAUAAAAGAUGAUUUUUUUGACUCGAUUAAGAACAUAGUUUUGGAGCAUCAGCAGUGGCAAGAAGACAGAAAGAAUCCUCCCCUAAAAACAAAAGAUGGAGAAGAAAAGAGGCAGGAGCAUUCGCAAGAAUCAGAGGGAUGUGAAAGGGCAAAAUCAUUAGCAAAAAUCAAGUCCAGGGCCUUUUCAUUUGUUGUUCAGGCUUCCAAAUCAAGAAGGCAUCGACAAGUCAGGCUUGACUCUUCUGACUCUGAUUCUGCAUCUAAUAAAGGACAAAACGAAGCAGUUAAGAGAAAAAGAAGGAAAGAAACCUUGAAGUCAGCAGGAAGGAAGAAGGUGUCCUCUAGGAGCAAAGGUAACGAACGGAGUGUACGUAAGGAAGAUAAAUCUUUACGUCUGAGCAUGCCUGUCAUUGAAGAAGAGGAGGAGAAUGAAACUUGUAAUGAGCAAGAGUUCCGCGUGCCCAAGAGGAAAAGAAAACACUGAGUAAACCGUCAGAUGUGUGGGAGCUGGUGUUGGCACACUCUGCCACACUUGGGACCCCCAGAUACCAUCAGUGGACUGCUGAUCCGAGUCCUGGUUACCCCUGCUGAUGUGUCUGGGAAACAGCAGAUUAUGGAUGAAGAACUUGAAGAACUUGAUCUCCCACCAUGCACCUGGGGGACGGAUAGAUCUCGUAAUCCAUGGUUCACUCACCCAGCCCUGA